AUGAAUCUAAAGGACAUGAAUCUAAAGGCCAUGAAUCUAAAGGACAUGAAUCUAAAGGCCAUGAAUCUAAAGGACAUGAAUCUAAAGGACAUGAAUCUAAAGGACAUGAAUCUAAAGGACAUGAAUCUAAAGGCCAUGAAUCUAAAGGCCAUGAAUCUAAAGUCCAUGAAUCUAAAGGACAUGAAUCUAAAGGCCAUGAAUCUAAAGGCCAUGAAUCUAAAGGCCAUGAAUCUAAAGGCCAUGAAUCUAAAGGCCAUGAAUCUAAAGGACAUGAAUCUAAAGGACAUGAAUCUAAAGGACAUGAAUCUAAAGGCCAUGAAUCUAAAGGACAUGAAUCUAAAGGCCAUGAAUCUAAAGGCCAUGAAUCUAAAGGCCAUGAAUCUAAAGGCCAUGAAUCUAAAGGCCAUGAAUCUAAAGGCCAUGAAUCUAAAGGCCAUGAAUCUAAAGGCCAUGAAUCUAAAGUCCAUGAAUCUAAAGGACAUGAAUCUAAAGGCCAUGAAUCUAAAGGCCAUGAAUCUAAAGGCCAUGAAUCUAAAGGCCAUGAAUCUAAAGGACAUGAAUCUAAAGGACAUGAAUCUAAAGGCCAUGAAUCUAAAGGCCAUGAAUCUAAAGGCCAUGAAUCUAAAGGACAUGAAUCUAAAGGACAUGAAUCUAAAGGACAUGAAUCUAAAGGACAUGAAUCUAAAGGCCAUGAAUCUAAAGGACAUGAAUCUAAAGGCCAUGAAUCUAAAGGCCAUGAAUCUAAAGGCCAUGAAUCUAAAGGACAUGAAUCUAAAGGACAUGAAUCUAAAGGACAUGAAUCUAAAGGCCAUGAAUCUAAAGGACAUGAAUCUAAAGGACAUGAAUCUAAAGGCCAUGAAUCUAAAGGCCAUGAAGGCCAUGAAUUGUUCUUAG